AUGUCGCGUAAAGAGGACAAGAAGGAGAAGAAGGAGAAGAAGUCGACAGAGGGCGAUGGCACCACUACUCUGGUCGUCAGCAUAGACGACUUUACUCGCACUCGCGACAGCUCCAUCAACCUGCUCACCUAUCGCAUCAACUCGACCGCCCAGGAUCUCUUCCUUGGUGCACAGCAACCUGAACUCUUCCCUCCAACGCUAACUUGCGAACAGGUCAUCGUAGGCCUUGCUGCCUUGCAGUCUGCCGUCUCGGAUCUCUCGCGCGCCUACAUCAACCACGCCAACACGGUGCUUAACCGCGGGCCCUCGAACAUCGAUAUCGGAGGCCUCAACUCGCUGCUGGAGAAUGGAAUCUUUCAACCCAAUGCCGCCGGAGCUGUAGACGGUGAUGCCGGAGCCGCCGCUGCUGGAACUGCCGGGGCUGCUGCUGAGGCCGGAACGGUGCGAGCUCCAAGCCCAGGCGCGCGUUCGGUAGCAGGAACCAAGCGCAAACGCGUCCACGAUCCUAAUGCACCCAAGCGAGCCCUUACAGCGUACUUUCUGUACAUGAAGCAUGAGCGUGCCAACAUCGCUGCGGAACUUGGUACGAAUGCCCGGCCAAAGGAGGUUGCAGACGAAGGAACGCGUCGAUGGAGUGAGAUGAGUGACGCUGAGAGACAGAAAUGGAAACAAUUGUACGCCGAGAACCUAGCCGUCUACAAGGAGCAGAUGAGUGCGUACAAGGCCAGUCUUCCUCCAGGCCACAAGGUCGACACCACCGUCCCCGCCACUCCCAAGCCAGCCAAGGCAGCAAAGACGUCAAAGACAAGCAAGACGUCUACCAAGACUGCCAGGCAAGAAGAUGACCACGACGCUGCGGCAGAGCAGCAGCUUCAGAUGGCCGUCCACGAGGCCACCACUGAGGACACUUCUUCGGACUCGGACUCGUCAAACAACGACAGCCCAGCUGCAACACCCACCCCCUCUCCACCAAAACCGACUCCAAAGUCACAGAAGCGUCGCCAGUCCAAGGCUGCCGCCGCCGCUGCUGCUCCAGCACCGGCGCCAGUGAUCGAGACGCCUACUCCUGCCCCGAAGAAGCCAUCUCCAGAGAAGAAGAAGUCUGACAAGGGCAAAAGCAAAGACAAGGACAGACGUGCCUCCGUUGCUGCCACCGUGGCCGCCCCGUCACCCCAGGAACCGCCCAAGUCGGAGAAGAAGACGAGAAAGAAGCGUAAGAGCGGAAUUGACGAGUUCUAG